AUGCGGGAGCUUCUCUCCCGUGUGGAGGCGAUUCACGAGGCUACCAGGAAGCCCUACGAGGAAACCCAAGGCGCCAGUUUUCGGCGAAGGGAGGGCGAGCUGGAGGAAAGGAAAAGGCAGCGGCAGUUUGAAAAGCUUUCCCCGUUUAAACAGGCAGAGCUUAAAUGCAUGGAGUGCGUCGCGGAGCUGCGCUUUUGUUUGCGGGUUUGCAGCAAUCUCGAAGCGUCGUCGUCGUCAUCGGACAAGAGGAGCUCCGAGAGGGCGGUCGCGCAGGCACGUUUAGCUGCUCGACGCGCGCAUCAACGGCUUCGAACGCUUCAUCAGGAGGUGGAGCGGCUGCAUCGCGCGCGCUCGAAUUUAAAUCAAUCGUCUCCCCGAUUUCUUCCUUCUCCUCCGACGACGAUAUCCACCAGAGAGAAUCAACGAGAAGAGGACGAGGAGGAAGAGGAUUUCAAGAAAUUGUGCGAUCAUGUCGAGCGGGCGCGUCAAUGGUAUCGGGAGGAGUUCCGCAUCAUGGUGGUCUCCUCCGCAGAAAGUCCGCGGCCCUUUUCGUAUCUUCGAUCCUCCUCCCACGCCGCGGAUCCCCACUCCGACGACGACGAUGAAACCCACCCGUUGCUUCACGAAGGCCGCGGCGAAGACGCCCACCCACCUGUCAGAACGCGGGAAAAUGCACCCCUUCUCGAGCGUCGGGAGGAGGUGGAGAAACGCAUGAUUCGAUACGCGCGCGAGGACGCGGAGUUUCGAACGUUUUUUGAAUCCCUCCGACAAAACGACGCGUUGAUGGAUCAGGCCCUGGAUCGGAUCGAAGCCAGCGUUUACCGUUUGCGCGAUCACGCCAUGGGGGUUUCUCACGAGCUGGACGCGCAACAGGUGUUGUUGAAUGAAACGGAAGUGCGUGUGAAUGAAAACGAGCGCGAAUUGCGCAGCCUAAAUCGACGUCUUCAACGUAGCAUCUCGGAGGUGAAAUCCUCCACGGUGGGCUCCUAUGUCUUUUGCACGCUAUGCUUGCUAUUUGUUCUGAGUCUGUUGAUACGUGUUGCAAGUUAA